AUGAGUCAAGAGAAUCAAGAAGGAGAGAAAAGGAAGUAUACUGAAGAAGAAAUCGAUGAAUUAGGUAUUCCUUACGCUUAUAAAGACUCAUGCGUUGAUUUCUUGGUUGAAUACAGGUUCUGAGUAAAGACAGAUAAGUGGAGCUUCCUCCCUUUCUCAGGAAAAUACGGAUCAUGCAAGAAAUUAUACGACAGAUGGAUGAAGUGACAAUCUAAUAGAGAGUUUAUGAUUACUCAAGAGAUGAAAGCUAAAGAAAGACAUGGAUAAUUAUUAAGGAUUAAAAUUCAAUAUG